AUGAGAUUGAGUGAUGAAGACACAAUCGUCAAGGUUGCUCUUCAAGAUUAUGCUAAAAAAAGAUGUUCUUGUUUUGAAUUGAUUCAAUUAAUCGCGACAAUAUGCAUUCCAAUUAUUAUCGCGAUAUAUACAAUUAUACAACAACGUCAAGACCUCCAGGUGGCUAAUAUGGCACGAGCAUCAGAACGUGAGAUAGCGGAAGGCAAUCGUUUAACUGAACUUACAAUAGCUGAACACAAUCGACAGAAAGAUCGUGAUCUUGCUAUUGAUCAGCAACGGGAAAACAUCCUUGUCGAAUAUCACAGAUUUCUGGCACAACUACUUGAGAAAGGUUUACCUUUAAAGGUUUCAUCAAAGUCGGUUGCACUAUUAAUGUCACAUACUGCAUUAAAUCAACUGAAUAGCAAACGGAAACGUUAUGUUAUACGGUCUCUCUAUGAAGCUAAACUAAUUACUCUUAAUGAAAAUAGCCCAUCACAAGGUACGAGCACUUUAGAAUUCGGGGGAAUUGAUCUAAGCAACGUCAUGCUCGGUUCAGUGCACGAUCCGCCACAUGCACAGUCACUGUCAUAUUAUAUUGACUGGUAUUACCUUUAUUUACCUAGAGCUAUUCUCAGAAACGCCUCGUUUCGUCAUGCAAAACUGGACUGCGUCACUCUUUUUGAUACUAAGUUGGAUUCAGCUGAUUUAAGUUUUGCCGAUAAUCGAAGAAAAAAAUGCUUCAAUUAUUUUCCAGAGUUUCAUGCAGUUUUUUCAAGAUCCUCUUUAGUUAACGCUAGCUUGUACCAUGCUAAUUUUUAUCUGGUUAAUUUCGAUUACGUUAAUUUAACAUUGGCCAAUAUGUAUGGAAUCCAUUGUGUCGAUUGUACUUUCUAUAAGGCAACAAUGAUUCAAGCCAAUUUGAGUGAUUGCUUAAUUCUUCGUUCUUCUCUCAGCAAACCACUGGACAGCUUUCAUUCAGCAAAUUUAACUUACGCUAUUGCUCACGUAGCUAAGUUUUAUUCAAUGAUUUUCGACUUCUCGAAUUGGUCUUAUGUUAAAGCGUCGGAAUUACUUCUGGAAAACUGCACAUUCAUUAAUGCAACAAUGAUAAAUGUGUCAUUUGUGAAAAGUUCUAUAAAACAAGUAUUGUUUCAACAAACGGAUCUAUCUUACAUCGAUCUAAGUUAUGCUGUAUUAAAGAAUGUCCGUUUUGUAAAUGCAAACAUGCAAAACGCAAAUUUGAGUUAUGUGAACUGCAGUUAUUGCGAUUUCACCAAUGUUGACUUACGAGAUAGUUUACUCAAUGGUGCAUCGUUACGUUAUACCAAUUUUCUCAAUUGUUUCAUGAAUGACAGUCAAUUAGAAGGAGCGAUUGAUCUUAUUGGAUCGAAACUACCCAAUGGAACUAUUGUCCGAAAUAACGAUUAACGAUAUAAAGAAUCAUGAUACCUUACUCCUAUGAGACAUUGCUCGUAACCUGUGCUCGAUAUUGUUCAAUGACCAUCGCUGACUUGGCUGAUUUUGUUUUAGCACUUUAUUUCUAAAUGUGACACUCUGAAGUGCUUACAUAUAAAGUUUAGGGGUUGAACCAAUUGAGAAAGAUAGUGUAAUCUAUGUCAUGUACUAGUAAUUUCUUAUCCUGUUGUUUUCCCAUAUGGUAUAUAGAAUGUAUUGAAGUAAAUAAUAGGUACACAUGAUGAUGUAUUAUUCAUUUUCCAAAAAGUUAAUCCAUUUUAUCAGAAACGUUUCAUGUCUAUUAAUUAGCUUUUUAACUCUCUUCAGCCUGAAAAAUGUCCUAGUGAAUCCUUUUUUUCUUUCUUGAAAUGAUCCUAAUAGAAUAUAUCCUCAAGAAAGAGUGAGCUACCUAGAUCUGAUUUAUACAGUUUUUUUAUCUUUUCUUUAUAUAUUUCUGUGCAUAGGCUUUUAGUGAUUUCUCUUUAGUUAUCAAGAAUAGAUCGUCUGAUGAUACAUAUGGACAUCUAUACACAGUCCUAAUUGCUACUCGAAAUUUCCUGUCUGAUGUUUCUUGUUGUGUCUUCGGAAUGAGGGGAUAAAAUGGAAAUAUCCACGCUAGGUGUGGGAAAACGUAAGCAAAUAAGUAUUGUCUUAGUACUAGUGUUGAUAUUUUUCUACCUUUUUUCAACCAUUUUAACUUGACUAGUGCUUUCUCUACUUUUUGAAGAGAUUCAUCUAUUGUAGCUUUCAGUGACAUCUUGCUGGUCCAUGUGAAACCCGAGUAUUUAAAUUUGUUCACUAUCUCCAACUCUUGUCCUUUCAUGUGAAUCUUUAGUUUCGGUUGUUCUAUUUGUGCAUAAAAUAUUUGUCCAACUGUUUCCUUCACGUUGAUGGGCAGUUUCCACCUAUUUGCGUGCUGCGCAAUUUUACUACAUACUUUGUUCCAUUCUUUUUCUAGAUGUUUGAUAAUAGAGGAUAAAGAUUUCAUGAUGGGUGCACUUAUGAGCACACUCAAGUUAUCAGCAAAAAGAUGACCUGAGUGUGCUUCUAGACAUUCAACCAGAUCUGAAUGGUACACUAUGAAAAGAUAAGGACUCAAGCUACUCCCUUGUGGCAAUCCAAUGUUAAUAUCAAACUUAUCCGAUCUUAUUUCACCAAAGCUGAUAUAGGCCUGCCUAUUUCUCAACCAUGAUAGGAUUAUCUUUCGUAAUGCUACAGGUAUUCCUAAGUUACGCAACUUAACUAGCAGCCCAGCAUGCCAGACCAUAUCGUAGACCUUUUUAUAAUCCACGUAUAUGGCCAGGAUAGGCAUAUUAGCGGCAAGAUUAUUUUUUCUCUCCUGGUAAAUGGAUAACACUCUAGUCGGUAAUAGUCCUCCUGGUCCGAAGCCAGAUUGUUCGGUAGGGACUAGUCGAUUUCCUUCUGCCCACUCUCUAACUCUCUGUAGUAGUAUUUUUUCGAAAAUUGUUGAGUGUGUCGGAAGGAGAGAUAUUAGUCGAGUCUGGUCACUUGCGGUACACCAGCUUUCAACUUGUUCAGUGUUAUUAUUCUCGCGAUCUUCCAAAAGUCAGGAUAUCUACAUUCUUGUAACCAGAUAUUGAAAAGUUUAACUAAGCAUUGGAUAUAAGUUGGGGGAAGAAGUUUAAUCAUAUGAUUAGGUAUUUGGUCAUAUCCUGCUGAUUUUUUUUUCUUUAGUUUCUUUAUAAUUUUUGUUACCUCCGACACAGAGACUGGUUCUAAAUUAGUAUUAACGACCCGGGGUAUACUAUCCUGCAACUGAAUGUAUUUAUUGUCUAUGUAGUAAUCGGGUGUGGGUGUGUUGGUGUGGGGUGUGAGUGGAUCAAGGGGGAAAAGCCGAUCCUGGUGGAACGUAGGAUCCAUCAGGGUCUAUCAGCAUCCAUUAGGAUCCACCAGGACCCAUUAGGAUCCACCAGGACCCAUUAGGAUCCGUUAGGAUCCACCAGGAUCUAUUAGGAUCCUGUAGGGUUCACCAGGAUCCAGUAAGAGCUAUUUUUUGGAAAUUUCGAAUAAGCUGCUAAAUAAUGUAUGUCUUGUGGCAAAUCGUCCAGAAAUGUAAGUCUACUAUUAUUAAUAACAUUUUAUUGAAAUAUAUAUAAUUAAAGAAAUAAAUGAAACCGAAAUCCAAACUCAUUAUUCCUGUUCACUUGUCUGUUCUACUCGUGAUAAUCUGUCCGACGAUAAACAGUUUUUACUAGUAGUCAACAGACGUGCUACCGUUUGUUUAUGUAAAUACUUUGGUUUAUUAUUGAUCAUAAUAUGAAAAUAAUUAUCCUUUUUCGUUGGAUCAGUUUUAUCGAAUAUUUUCAUUCCUUGGAAGGUUUCUUUUGACGUUGUAAAAUGAUAACUAUCCGGAUUAUUGUCAUCUGAAUCAAAACCUUCAACUUCGACGUUUGUUUCAAAAUUUUCUGUAUCGAUUUGAAUAUUAUUAUUGCUAUCAUCUGUACUAUCCUGAAGAUCAAUUUCAUUGAAGUACCCAGGCAGACAAAACUUUCCAAAAACGCAUUUAAACGCACAAAAAAAGAGGUAAAAUCCAAAAAAAGUGGGCGUUUUUGGCUCACAAUCGCGGUUCCCGACUGUGAGCCAAAAAAGUCCAGAUUUGGCACUUUUCAUGCGUUUAAACGCGUUUUUUACC